AUGGCCACCACCUGGAUAGACGGCUUCCGGCGUGCCGAGGUCCAUCCUCGAAGGAGUCGAAGUGGCGGCUACCAGCAGACCUCUCAGCCAGCGAUACCCGCAGCUGGGGACAACCGCUACGACCUGGUCGCGGCAAGCGCGAAGACGGCCAACACAGCUCUUGCGAGAGAGCUCAAAGGUCGGCACUUGCAGAUGAUUGCGUUUGGGGGUGCCAUUGGAACCGGGCUCUUCGUUGCCUCUGGAGCCUCCCUCCAUACCGGUGGGCCGGCUUCAGUUCUUCUCGCAUUCAUUGGAAUUGGCGCAAUGCAAUAUUGUACGAUGCAGUCCCUCGGCGAGCUUUGUGUCCUGUUUCCCAUUGCCGGUUCGUUCUCUGCGUUCUCGACUCGCUUCCUCGAUCCUUCAUGGGGAUUUGCAAUGGGGUGGAACUACUGCCUGCAAUGGCUUUUUGUCCUGCCCCUGGAAAUCAUCGCGGCUGCCUAUACUAUUAGUUACUGGAACGAAAAUAUCAGCAAAGCCCUCUUUGUCGCCAUAUUCCUCCUCGCUAUUAUUAUUAUUAAUCUAUUUGGAGUAAAAGCGUACGGUGAAGCUGAGUUUAUAUUCUCAAUCAUCAAAGUUACCGCCAUUAUUGGGUUUAUUUUACUCGCUGCUGUUAUUAACAUCGGCGGAGAGCCAGAAAGCGGGUACAUUGGAACUCAAUACUGGCAUAGUCCUGGCGCCUUCAAUAAUGGCUUCAAGGGCUUUUGUAGUGUCCUCGUGUCCUCUUCUGCAGCGUUCACAGGCACAGAAUUGAUAGGGUUGGCUGCCGCUGAGACAGCCAACCCUCGCAAGUCCCUGCCCACAGCUAUUAAGCAGGUAUUCUGGCGUAUCAUGAUCUUCUAUAUCGUCUCUCUCCUGCUCGUUGGAUUCUUGGUUCCCUCUAACGAACCUCGGCUCUUGAAUGGCAAGAGCAGCGUGGAUGCAUCGGCCAGCCCAUUCGUUAUUGCGAUAGAAACUGCCGGUACUACAAUACUCCCCAGUGUUAUGAAUGGUGUUAUCCUUGUUGCGGUUAUAAGUGUCGGCAACUCGGCAGUCUUUGGCUCUUCUAGGACACUACUUGCUCUGGCAGAACAAUCCCAUGCUCCCCACAUCUUCUCUUACGUCGACAAGCAUGGACGUCCCAUUAUGGCCAUUCUACUUGCCUCUUUUAUCGGUCUACUCGCGUUCUUGGCUGACCUGGAAGUCCACGGUGUUAUAUUUAACUGGCUUCUUUCCAUCAGCGCCCUGAGCACUCUAUUCACCUGGAGUAGUAUUUGCCUCUGUCACAUUCGAUUCCGCAAGGCUUGGGCAUAUAACUCACAUCCUCUGGAACAAUUGCCUUUCCGGUCCACUGUCGGCGUUUUCGGCUCCUGGUUCGGGCUCAUUGGCUACACACUGGUAUUGGUGUCCCAGUUUUGGAUCGCAGUUUCGCCCAUCAGCACAAGCUCAGAACCUAGUACUUCUGGAAAAGUCCAAACCUUCUUCCUCCGCAUUAUGGCAGUUCCAAUUAUUCUUGUGUUUUACAUCAUUCAUAAGAUCUGGUUUCGAACUCGAGGUAUCAAAGUUAGUGAGAUGGAUAUUAAGACGGGUCGACGAUACUUCCGCAUCCACAUUGCUUCUGAACAAGAGCAAGAGGAGCGGAUGAGAUGGCCGAUUUGGAAAAAGGCCUUCAGAUUUAUGUGUUAA